GAGGAUUCAGAGUUGGAAUCCUACAUGAUUCGAACACUGAAGGCUUUGGCCAAUGCAAACGGAGGAAAAUUGCCACAGGCCAUUCAAGCUGCUCAGAAGCAGCCUUCGGUACCUCCAAAGGCAACCGUUCUAAAUCCAGAAACUCGAUCGAAAUUGAUCGCUCUGUUUGAUAAGAUUUUCACCUCCAAAGAUGAAUCGUAUAUCGAAGAAUUAUACGACUUUACAGUCCAGUAUCCCGACCUAGACCUGCAGCCCUUCCUAGCUGAUUCAACGCCUUUCUUCCAAACCUACAUCCACCAAGCCCUCUACAAUGUCGGGCUUAAACGCGCUCAAACGCGGGUUAAGCAGGCCAGCAACGCUAACGUUAAUGGCGUCCGGGAGACGCAGGACUCGCACUUUGAAAAUGUGCUCAACGAACGCUUGUUGAAAGUGAUAAACGGCGGAAGCAGCAAGACACCUCGUGUGUUUGACAGGGUGCCACCUUCCUUCACCGAGGAGUUGACGCGACAGCCAGCCAAUCCGAAGCUCUUCAUGGACCGCCUAGCUACGCUGCGCAAGGAGCUGGGUCUUGAGUCCAAGCUCAGCGAAACCACCCAGGAUGUGGAGAGUGAGGGCGGCGAACGUUCCUCCGGUGCCGUUGGCAUGGAAAAUACCUUGCGGGAUGCGGCUCAGGCGAGGAACGAAGGCGGCGCCUCCGCUCCCACUGGGGGUCUUGAAGGCGAUCCCGCCGCCGAUUCCGGUGGAGGCGGAAUGUCUAGAAACGAGUUGAUGGCCAUCCGACGACGCCUGGAGAUGAUCAAGAAUGCUCAAUCCCGGGGUUGA